AUGUUGAGGAAUAACAUAGGAAACUCAACUGAAAUGGAAUCAAAAUCAGUCUUCUCUCAGAGGGAGCAUAACAUUGUUGCAACUUAUUUGAUAACUGCAGGAGUGUUAAGUCUACUCAGCAACAUAAUAGUGUUAAUAAUGUUUGUUAAGUUCAAGGAGUUCCGCACAGCCACCAAUGCAAUUAUUGCGAACUUGGCUUUCACUGACAUUGGGGUGAGUGCCAUUGGUUACCCAAUGUCAACUGCUUCAGACCUGCAUGGCAGCUGGAAGUUUGGCCAUGCAGGCUGUCAGGCUUAUGCAGCUUUAAAUAUCUUUUUUGGGAUGUCAAGUAUUGGGUUACUUACUGUAGUCGCUAUUGACCGAUACCUGCUGAUUAGUAAGCCUGAUUUAGGAAGAAAGAUGACCUAUGUUACCUAUACAACUAUGAUCACUGUUGCCUGGGUGAAUGGCCUCUUCUGGGCUCUGAUGCCAAUAAUGGGUUGGGCGAGUUAUGCCCCAGAUCCAACAGGAGCUACAUGCACCAUCAAUUGGAGGAACAAUGACUCGUUGUUUGUUUCUUAUACAAUAACAGUCAUUGCAGUUAAUUUUGUGGUACCACUGUCGAUCAUGGUCUUCUGCUAUUACAAUGUAUCAAAAACUGUGAAAAGGUUUAUGCACCACGAUGUUCUAGAAAAUUUAACCUUGGAUUGGUCAGAUCAACUUGAUGUAACAAAAAUGUCUGUCGUGAUGAUUGCGAUGUUCCUAGUGGCUUGGUCUCCUUACUCCAUUGUGUGCUUAUGGUCUUCUUUUGGUGACCCAAAAUUCAUUCCACCUGCAAUGGCAAUUGUAGCUCCACUUUUUGCCAAGUCUUCCACUUUCUAUAAUCCUUGCAUUUAUAUCAUUGCAAAUAAAAAGUUUCGGAGGGCUAUAAUUGCAAUGGUAUGCUGCCAGACUCAACAGGAUUUAACCAUCAGUCACACUCUGCCUAUGACCACCUCUCAGGCACCUUUAACAGAAUUAAACUCUUUCAUUUAA